AUGGUCCUCGACUUACUUAGAAUGCACAAGUUGUUUGCUAAAUUUGAGAAAUGCAAGGUUUGGCUAAUGGAGGUGAAAUUUAUGGGGCAUGUUGUGUCAAGAGAGGGGGUAACUGUUGAUUCCUUUAGGAUAGACGCUGUACAAGAUUGGGAAUGGCUUAAGAAUGCCUUUGAAAUCCGAAAUUUCUUAGGGUUAAUUGUGAAUUACCGCCAUUUUGUGAGGGACUUCCCUAGAUUAGCUGCAUUGUUAACCAUGUUGACCAGAAAGCGUGUCAAAUAUAUGUGGAACGAGACUUGUGAGAAGUCAUUUCAAGAGCUUAAGGGUAGGUUGAUUACUGCUCUAGUUUUGAUAAUUCGAGAAAGGGGUUUGGGCUAUAAUGUGUAUUGCGAUGCAUUCUGGGAUGAGCUUGGGUGUGUGUUGAUGCAAGGAAGGAAGGUUAUAGCUUAUGGAUCGUGA